AUGCUUCCAAACUUUAGCUUCCAUAUCCUUUGUUUUGCUUUAUUGAAGGAUUUGGGAAAAUGUAGAAAAGGUGACUGUUGAACUGACAGAUUGACAAGAAAUUUCCUUCAAUUUUGUUACCCUAUUACACUUACUGAACUUUUUUUGUACAAUAGAUAUUUGUCAAAAAAAAAUUUAAAACUGGGAUCAGGGUCUUGUGAUUUCCCAGUCCGUAAAAAUAUUACCUUGCGUUCAUCUCCAUAGCAACCGAUGAGCGUUGCAGUUGCUUGACAGCUGAUCAAGAGCAUCAAGAGCUGAUUGUGAUUGAGAGUGAAAAUUGAGAUCAUGAGAUUGAAUGGCUCUUUUAAAUAAGGUCCGACCGUCCGGGCCCGUGAUAGCCGCCGUAUCAUAAGUGCUUUACAAGCAGUCAAUAAUCGGCGGUUCAGGGUUUACUUAGCGAUCGCAUUUCAAAACGAUGACCGGGAAAGACAAGGAAACAGUAACAACCAAAAAGGUAACCGUCACAACAUCCGAUAAUGUGUCCUCGUCGAGCGAAGAAUCGUCUUCGGAGGAGGAGAGCAACGACCGCUUCAACGACCCGGCCACCGACCUGCCGGCCGAUUACUGGCAAAUUCAGAAGCUUGUUAAAUACCUCAAGGCGGGCAACCAGACGGCCACCGUGAUCGCACUGUGCGCACUGCGGGACCACCCCAUCGACCAGGAGGUGUGCCAGCUGGCCCUGCGAGACGUCGGCGGCCUCGAGGUGCUGCUCAACAUCCUCGAGACCAACGACGUCCGGUGUAAGAUCGGCUCACUGAAGGUGCUGAAGGUGAUCUCCAGCCACCCAGAGGUGCGCCGCUCCAUCGCCAGUCUGGGCGGCCUCGAGACUCUCGUCACGCUGUUCAGCAGUCCGUCCAACCAGCUGAAGGCGCUGGCUUCCGAGACCAUCGCCAACGUGGCCCAGUUCCGCUGGGCGCGCCGUAUCGUCCGCAAGAGCGGCGGGGUGCCCAAACUGGUGGACCUGCUGGACGUGGACAAGACGAUCCUGAUGGAGCCCAUGGAGAAGCUGACCACCAAGCAGCGCGAGAAGCUCGAGGUGGCACUGGGCGGCGCGCUGGCGCUCUGGUCCCUGGCCAAGGCGCGCAAGGUGAAAGAGUGUAUCCGCCAGGCGGGCGGUAUCACCCUGCUGGCCCGACUGCUGCAGUCGGUACACACAGAGCUUCUUAUCUCCGUCAUGGGCAUCAUCCAGAUGUGCGCGUCUGAGGAGAGUUACCGGCUGGCCAUCCGCGAGGAGGGCAUGACCCGUAACCUGCUGGACCACCUGCAUAAGGACAACAUCAAGCUGCAGAUUCACUGCGCCUACGCCAUAUUCCAGUGCGCCGAGGACCGCGACGUGCGGCGCAUGGUGCGCGAGCUGGGUGGCCUGGAGCGGCUGACACAGAUGCUGCAGCUGCCGGCCGCCAAGCAGGACCUCUCCAUCACCAUCUCCGCCACGGGAGCGCUCUGGAAGUGCGCCGUCGACCCGCUCAACACCAAACGGCUCAACGGACUCGGCAUCGUCGAUAUGCUCGUGCCGCUGCUCAAUAAUGAAAACGAACAGAUUCUGGUCAACACGGCCGGCUGUCUGGGCGCCUGUGCCCAGCUGGAGGAGGCGCGCACCGCCAUCAAAAACGCCUCGGGAAUCCGUCCCCUGGUGCACCUUCUGACGGAAACCAACACGGCGCUGUUAGUGAACGUCGCUCACGCCAUCGGCGCCUGUGCCGUGGACCCGGAGAGCAUGAUGACCAUCGACGCGCUGGACGGUGUGCGGCUGCUCUGGUCGCUGCUCAAAAACCCGUGCUACCAGGUGCAGGCGGCCGCCGCCUGGGCCAUCUGCCCGUGUAUUCAGAACGCACAGGACGCCGGCGAGAUGGUCCGCUCGUUCGUCGGCGGCCUGGAGCUGAUUGUCGGCCUACUGCGCUCGCCGGACCCCGAGGUGCUGGCCGCCAUCUGUAACGCCAUCUCGGAGAUCGCCAAAGACGAGGAGAACCUGGCGGUGAUCACGGACCACGGCGUGGUACCGCAGCUGGCCAGCCUCACCGGCACGGACAACGACCGCGUGCGCCAGUACCUGGCCAAGGCGAUCGCCUGCUGCUGCCAGUGGGGACAGAACCGACUCCAGUUCGGCAAGCAGAAGGCGGUGGCUCCGCUGGUGCGCUACCUGGCCUCGCGCGAGCCGCUGGUGCACCGCCCGACGGCGCUGGCGCUGUUCCAGCUGAGCCGCGAGCCGCGCAACUGCAUCACACUGCACGAGUUCCAGGCGGUCGGGCCGCUGCUGGCCAUGUGCGGCUCGGACGACCAGCAGCUGCAGGAGCACGCCGCCGGCUGUCUGCGCAACAUCCGGCUGCUGGCCUCGGCCGUGCACCAGCAGCAGGUGGACAACCGGCUGACGGCGGCCGCGCGCGCAGACAGUCCGACCACGGACGGCACUGAGCGGCCCGCCAGCCGGCCCGGCAGCAAGCGGCAGUAGAGGGGCCAGGGGAGAGACACGACCACGAGCGAGAGACGAGAGACGACCGCGGGCUGGACAGGGGAGAAGAAGGUUUGGUCGGCAUUUCAAACGCCUCCGUUACUUUUAUUGGGUAAAUUUGAGAUUUCGUGCAAUGGCGAUACCUAGUCGAGUAGUUGUCAGCUUCGCACUUCAUAGCCAGGAUGAUAAUUUUAGCGAUAGCAAGUUUUGAACCACUGUUUUACCAGUAUCCGUACACUGCCUUUGACGAGUCAUCAUAACCCAGCUUAUUACGAAUGAUAACGACUACCAUAUUGACUUUAGUGAUGGGUGAGCAAUCUUGUUCGCUGGUCAUGUCGUUAUGCACGAAAGUUCCGAUCGUGCCCUACGCUUAUCAUGUCUAGUCGGCGAGUAGAGUUGACGUAGUUACAGUCCUGCAGGAAUGUGCUAGUCGCCGUCUUCGUUUUGUCUUUCAGUCUGUGCAAUCAGACGCGUAGUUUUGACAUGUUUUCGUGGCAUUACGUUUCCAAUAUGAAGGGAACCGUACCUAUAAUGCUCACACUUAUGUCUGUCAAUUAAUACGAAGUCAAAUGAUUGUAGUGUGUCACACUGCAGAAUUGCAAAUUCGUCGUCACCUUUCAUAAUUCCAACCAAAUACAAGUAAGCAUGUGCGCAUUA